UAGAGCAUCUCACCUGAAGCUCUAACAAGAGUUCAAAUUCUCUCUGCUUAAAAAAAAAAAAAAAAACAGGGAUGAAGAAAGACACAAAUUUCUUUCUUCUCUUCAUUCUGCUUCUCUUGAUUGUGAUACUCAUUGACUCCUCUGCAAGUUUAGUGGAGGCAAGGAAGGAUAAUAAGAAGCAUCAGAAACAGAAGAAACGGUCUGGCAACAAUCAAACUGCUGCUGGACCAGUGCAUUCUCCUGUACCUUCUCAUGCUCCAUCUCCUUGCUAUGGUCCAUAUCCUACCCACUCAACCAUUUUUGAUAUCUUGUCUUUUGGAGCCAAGGGUGAUGGAGUUUCAGAUGACUCAAAGGCCUUUGAAGCAGCAUGGAAAGCUGCCUGCAGGGUUACUGGAGCCACAGUGGAAAUCCCAUCAGAAUUCAGGUUUCUAGUCAGACCAUUAACUCUCCAAGGCCCAUGUAAGCCUCAUCUUGUUCUUCAGAUAGAUGGGACUCUCUUAGCUCCUCCAAAGGUAGGUGCCUGGCCGAAAUCCAGCUUGUUUCAAUGGAUAAACUUCAAGUGGAUUCAUAACUUCACCAUCCAAGGAACUGGUACUGUUGAUGGCCAAGGUUCUGCUUGGUGGAAUCCCUCAGGAAUCAACUAUGUUCAGAAGCUAUCCAAACAUAUACCAGAUCUGAAACCAACUGCUUUGAGGUUCUAUGGAAGCUACAAUGUGAUUGUUAGGGACAUAACCAUCAUAAACAGUCCUGGGUGCCAUCUAAAAUUUGAUGGCACUGGAGGAGUUAAGGUUGACAAUAUUACAAUCUCUUCACCUGGUGACAGUCCCAACACUGACGGCAUUCACCUUCAAAACGUCCAUGAUGUGGAAAUAAAGCAUUCCAACAUUGGAUGUGGAGAUGAUUGUGUAUCCAUACAAACUGGGAGCACUAAUGUUCAUGUUCAUCAUGUGAACUGCGGCCCUGGUCAUGGUAUUAGUUUAGGAGGGCUAGGGAAAGACAAAACUGUGGCAUGUGUAUCUGGCAUUACCAUUGAAAACAUCAAUGUUCAAAAUGCUCUAUCUGGAGUGAGGAUCAAAACAUGGCAGGGAGGUAUGGGAUCUGUGAAGAAUGUUUCAUUUUCCAACAUUCAAGUUGUCGAUGUGGAGAUUCCGAUCAUGAUCGACCAGUACUACUGUGACAAGAUGAAAUCUUGCAAGAACCAGACAGAAGCAGUGGCAAUAACAGGAGUCAAGUAUAAUCAGAUUACUGGGACUUACUCAGUGCAACCCAUUCAUCUGGCAUGUAGUAACAAUGUUCCUUGCAUUGAUGUCGAUCUAAUCGACAUCCAGUUACAGCCAUCACCGGGUUCUACUGGGUUUCAACAGGGUUUGUGUUGGAACUCUUAUGGGAAGUCACAGGCCCCCCUUGUUCCUUCAACCAUUGAUUAUUGCUUGCGUAGGGGUGGUAGUUGGGCUAAGCAACCAGCAAGAUCAAAUGACCACUCUUGUUAGCAAGGCCUAACUUAUCUUGCCACACUUCUGUAAUUAUAUUUAGGGAGAGGAUUUUCUUAAGAAAUGG